AUGUUGAAAGAUUUGACAAAGCUGUUCUUUCAUAGAAAAAACAAAAAUAAUAUCGAUGGGUUCCUUUUUGAUUAUGAGAGGUUCGCAAAAUCAAAAGGUUGGGAUGAGAAAACACAAUGUGGAAUGAUUGUCUUGCACAUGCUAGAGGAAACCAAACCAUGGGUACGAAAAUUGAUAAAAACUAAGACACAAUGGUCAGAUUUGAUGAAUGCUAUAGUGAAAAUAAUAAAUGCUGAGAAUGAUGAUAGAAUAAAGAUUAAUCAAUUAAGAAAUAUCAGACAAGGGGAAAGAGAAACAGCAAGGAGAUAUGCAAGUAGAUUUGAAGCCUAUGCUGAUGUAAUAAAAAACAAGAUAAGGAGCCAUAAACAAUGUAAUUGGUUCUUAGAUGGCUUAUGUAAAUCAUAUCGAUCUAGAGUGGAAUGUUUUUGUCUGUCCAAUUAUAUAAAAAUGAAGAAAUAUGUGCUUCAGAUCGAAACCUUUCAAAAGGACAGAGAGCAUCAUGAUAAAAGGAGUUCAUUAUUGGUUAAAGAGAAAUCUAUUGCACUUAAGGCUUUAACAAUAAACUGA